AUGAUGGCGCGCGCCGCUGACCACGAGUCGGUAUUCGAAGCCUUUGCACCGACCAACAAAGUGAAGCAGGACUACGCACUUACUCCCACCCACUUCAGUGUCAUGUUCUCCGCCCUGUUGGUGGUUGCCUACCGUGAUGAGCGGCCUGGGAUCAGCAUCGUCUACAGAACUGACAGUCACUCUCAACACAAUCGCUCUAAUGGGGGCGCAUUCGUCCCAGUAACCAAUCAUUAA